AUGGGAAGAGGAGUACACGGUGCGUGUCCAGCUUCAGGACCGAGUGACUGAGCUGCAGGAGGAAGCCCAGGAGGCUGAAGCCUGCCAGGAGGAGUUGGCCAUGAAGGUGGAGCAGCUCAAGGCAGAGCUUGUUGUCUUCAAGGGACUGAUGAGUAAUAACAUCACGGAGCUGGACACCAAGAUUCAAGAGAAGGCCAUGAAGGUGGACAUGGACAUCUGCCGGCGCAUCGACAUCACUGCCAAGCUGUGCGAUGUGGCGCAGCAGCGGAACUGCGAGGACAUGAUCAAGAUGUUUCAGAAACAACUGGUCCCAGCCUCGGUGGGGCGGAAGCGGGAGCGCAAGCAGGUCAGCGACGAAGACACCUCGCUGUCAGAGAGCGACGCCUCCCGAAAACCUGAAGAGGAAGAGGAGGAUGAGACCACAGCCAUGAGUAUCAAUGAGGAAAUGCAGAGGAUGCUGAACCAGCUGAGGGAAUAUGACUUUGAGGAUGACUGUGACAGCCUCACGUGGGAGGAGACAGAAGAAACGCUGCUCCUCUGGGAGGACUUCUCCGGAUAUGCCAUUGCAGCUGCAGAGGUGCAGGGGGAGCAGGACGACAGCCUGGAGAAAGUGAUCAAGGACACAGAGUCGCUGUUCAAGAGCCGUGAGAAGGAGUACCAGGAAACCAUCGACCAAAUAGAGCUGGAGCUGGCCACAGCCAAGAACGACAUGAACCGGCACCUGCACGAGUACAUGGAAAUGUGCAGCAUGAAGCGAGGCUUGGACGUGCAGAUGGAGACUUGCCGGCGGCUCAUCACCCAGUCUGGGGACAGAAAGUCUCCUGCCUUCACCCCGGCCUCCAACAGCGAGUCGGCCCCGAACGAGGAGAGCGAGGAGUCCGACCGCGACCUCCUCAGCGACGCUUCCAUCAGAUAAUGAGGGGAGGCCCCCGCUCCCUUGGACCCCCUUCCUGGCACGGGGGUGCCUGAGCCGCGCCUGGGAGAGACUGUCAGAGACGUGGAGCUGCUGGUAAACGUCUGUCGCCAAGGCUCACUCCCGUUUUGGGGUGCUUGGCAGAUCCCACACCCCCCCACCACUGGAUAUCUUGCAAAUGGGAAUAGCUAGAUAGACCUGAGGGUCCUCACCUGGCCGCUCAGCCUCCAGCCCCUUCUCUAUUCCCUUCCCCUGCUUUAAACGGUGGUUCGGGCAGGGAGGCUCCAAACCUGCCAUGGCGGCGUUCUCCAGGACCUGUCCCCCAGACCCACCUUCUCUGGCCUCCGUCCUGGUACACUUGACCUUGCCCCCUGCCUUCCCUGCGCCACACGGAGCCGAACGAGAGCCGUACCUCCCUGCAAACUGGACCUGACACUGGUGCCAACUGGACCGAGCCCGGGGCUCUCUCUGUCCUUGCUGCUGACCAGGUGCCUGGCUGGUCCCUGUGCUGCGCCAGGCACCCCAAGCCCCCCCGCCACCUCUGGGGUGGGGGCUGAGUCCCGCUCACUGUGCACUUUGCUUUGCCGCAUGUCGGCGGUGCGCUCGCGUCUGUGUUAUGGGGGCGAGGGGUCAUUAAAUGGGACAGUUUCCUUUUCUA